AUGAAGGGGAUACUCCUUGUGCUGGUUUUGCUAGUGACCAUGGAGUUGAGCUUCCAGACAGAUAAUGUAUGUGUUAGUUUUUAUGAUGUUUUUGGGAAAGUGGUCUUGGGAUUGAAGAAACCAUUGUUUGAUGCCCUUAAUGUAGUAAAUGCUACUGAAGCAGAAAAGGCAGCCUUUGGAAAAAUCCAGGAUUGUUUCAAUGAAGGAGGACUCAAAGUCAAGAUAUUGGAUACUAAGGCCUUGCUCAAAAUCACCUCCAGCAAAGAGUGCAAUUCGUUCAAUCCGAAAGCAGUGGUGGAGGCUGUGAAGAAAAUUUAUGGUUAUAUUACUGCGCUGUCUCUUAAAAGGAGUUACCUGCUUUAG